GGCGCUGCCCACCCAAGGAGGCGACCGGCGUUCCUGCCCCGCUGCCGCCUGCUCACUCGCACACACAUAUACCCGUGCGUGCGCCUCUCCCGCUCCCUCACUGAAGUCAGUGCUUCUGCUUUCAGGUUGCUCAGACCUGAAAUCUCAGGGAAUAAAGCUCAGCGUUUGCGUCGCUGCUCCUGCCGCUGCUGGUGGUAAGCGGUGAAGAGGAGAGAGGGUUGUUCGGUUGGUGGUUUUUUUUUGGUUUUGUUUCCCCCACCCCGUGGAAUUCAAUGGAUCGGAACUUGGAAUCUUUGGACCUCGGACGUUCUAGAAUAUCUCUAUGCUGAUCGUCUUUGUUGUGGCACAUCAGCUCAUUCGGAGAGACUAUCCGAAGACGGCAAGAUGUUUCUCACUAUCUUGUACUUCGCUUUGCCUUUAAUGGCUGUACUUUUGCCUGUAGAAGCGAGCGGGCUGGCUGGAGGGGAACGCCUUGACUGCGUGAGAGCCAGCGAGCAGUGUCUGAGGGAGCAGAGCUGUAGUACUAAAUACAGGACACUGAGGCAGUGUGUAGCCGGCAAAGCGAGCAACUUCAGCCGGACAACAGGCCUGGAGGCAAAGAAUGAAUGCAGAAGCGCCAUGGAAGCUCUCAAGCAGAAAUCUCUCUACAACUGCCACUGUAGGAGGGGCAUGAGGAAGGAGAAAUACUGCCUGCGUAUUUACUGGACCUUGUACCGGAGCUUUCAGGGAAAUGACUUACUUGGAGAUACCCCUUAUGAGCCAAUCAACAGCAAACUAUCAGACAUAUUCAGUCUAGCACCAAUUAUGUCAGCAGAGCCAGUGAUUUCAAAGGGGAACAAUUGUUUGGAUGCAGCAAAAGCUUGUAACCUAAACAAUACCUGCAAGAAGUUCAGAUCUGCUUACAUAACCCCCUGCACCACCAGCACGUCCAAUGAGGUCUGUAACAAGCGGAAGUGUCAUAAGGCCCUCCGGCUGUUUUUUGACAAAGUUCACCCAAAGCACAGCUAUGGGAUGCUCUUCUGCUCCUGUCAAGACGUAGCCUGUACGGAAAGGAGACGACAGACUAUUGUUCCUGUGUGUUCAUAUGAGGACAAGGAGAAACCAAACUGCCUGAAUUUACAACUCAUCUGCAAGAAGAAGUAUGUCUGCAGGUCUCGCCUUGCAGAUUUCUUCACAAACUGCCGGCCCGAGCCACGGUCUGCUAGUGGCUGCCUGAAGGAGAACUAUGCUCACUGCCUCCUCUCUUACUCGGGGCUUAUUGGCACAUCGAUGACACCCAACUACAUAGACUCAAAGAGUCUCAGCGUUGCCCCAUGGUGUGACUGCAGCAACAGUGGUAACGACAUAGAGGACUGCCUGACAUUUCUGAAUUUCUUCAAGGACAAUAUAUGCCUUAGAAAUGCAAUUCAGGCCUUUGGCAAUGGUACUGAUGUGAACAUGUGGCAGCCAGUCAUACCAGUGCACACCACUGCAGCCACAACUACAACAGCUUUCAAACUCAGAAUCACAGGUUCAGUGACCGCUAACAAUGAAAUACCCACCCACAACGAUUCACCAGCAUGUGCAAACCUGCAGACACCGAAGAAGCAGAAAACCAAUGAAUCUACAGAUACAGAACUCUGUCUUAAUGAGAAUGCUAUUGGGAGAGACACAUCAAAAAUCUCCACUGGUCACAUAUCUGCAGAGAAAUCCCUCGCUCUUCCUAGAAGCUUCUAUCUAAGCACAGCGCUCACCCUGAUGUCACUUGCACUCUCUUUGUUCCUAAGCUCAUCAGUUGUCUUGUAGCUGCAUUACAAAAGGACGUGUGGGGAAAAAAAAAAUAUUAAAAAAAAAAAAAAAAUCUGUUUCUUGUCCUCUGUUGCUUCUCUGGAAUUCCAGGUCUGGGAGCUAAGCUGAGGCACUCCUGCUAGAAGUUUCAGUCAGCUGGAAUAUUUUUUUUUUCUCUCUAAAAAAGCUUCUUGUGAUAUUUAGAGGCUUUGUGAAAUACUUGGUGCAGUGCUACAUUCCAAACCCGAAAGGCUUUUGGGCAUGCCAUGUUUUAAAGAAACAGUGUGUAAAUUUGCCUGUAAAGCGACCUGGUUGGAUUAUUUUAAUAAUAAUUAUUUUAAUUCUGGCUUUUACCUGAGAAGGAGGAUGGCAUUUUUCUUAAGAUCCUAUUUAUCUCAUUGAAUGGUUUUGGUUUUCAAAUUGAUUGAACGUCAGACUAUCAAGGAUGCCAGUUUUUUGUCUAAUGGUGAGUGUUCUCCCAGAGAGUGGACUUUAUGAAACUUCUUCAUUUGAUAAAUUGCUACUGAUGUUUAACUCUUUCAGUGUAUGAGCUUUUUCCUCUUCAAAUGUUUCUGUACUGUAAGUGGUUCUGCAUUCCCUGCUGAGAAGCCAUUAUAAUGCACAUACAGGUAAAAUGUACAUCUUUCAGCUGAAUUUUCAUGAAAAUAGAGUGUGGUAUAGAACUUUCUAACAGUGCAUUUAUCUUUUAGUUAUAAUAAUCUAGCCUUAACAAGGGUGACGAUUCUUUAAAUUAACAAGAAGCAGCCAUUGGGAAAGCUUGAUAAAGAUACAUUUCUUUAAAUUUGAUGAGAAGAAGUAGAAACAAAUUUUGCUGCAGGGUUUCAGCUGUACAGUCUAUGGUCUUCUGUGCUUCCAUUGUGAUAAUAUAGUCCAGUUACUAUACUGUUUGUUUAAUAAAAAAAUUACAUACAAUUUGUUUGCUCUACUACAACAGCAGUAUCUGUUUAUACAUAGCUCAUGUCAGCUCCAAAAGUUCCAGGAACCUCAUGCCUUUUCACAACACUGUAGACGGAAAAGAGGUAGUAGGAUACCAUUUAAACUGUGUUUGAUUUCUUAGGCUGCUAAAAUGGACACAAAAGGAUGGUUGAUCCCAUGCAAGGCAGUAUCAUGCACACUCACCCCUGUGACAGGCUUUUCUCACCCUGGUACUUCCGAGCGCAGGCCUUGGCAUUGCUGACAUGAUGAACUGCUUGCAAGACCAGUUUCAUAAAUUGCUUUAAUGGUGUGGAUGGCAGUAUUGCCAGUAGAUGUGAUUCGGUGGCACCAACAGCCUGUGCUGGCACAUGGUGAUUUUCUGUGGUAUCUAGAAGGAAUUCUUUAAAGCUUUAAAUGUCAUCAAAGAGGCAGCGUUUCUCCUAAGGGCUGUCCUCAUACCUUACUGUGAUGGCUGGUUGACUGUUAGAGGCAGUGAUGUCUAAACGCUCAACAGGAAUCAGUUUUGCUUUCUACUGAAAGUAGAAGAUAACUUCACCAAGCAAGGAGUUCAUCAUGCUGAAUUUACAAAUUUACACUGAGACUUGCACAGUGAUGCCCCAGCCUGCUCUGAAAUGUCCAGAUCACUUAUUUGCAAUAGGACUAUAAAGUACAAAUUACUGUUUUAUAAACUGCAGUGAACUUUGGGAGUGUGUAAAAUGCACACUUUAUUAGGAGAUUAUCAUACUUAUUGACAAGUUCAUCUUUUGAGCUUUUCCUUAGCUAAUAAUAAACACUCAUAAAUUCUGACAUUCACUUAGAUACUUUUGAUUAUGGUUGCAUAAUACAGGUUUCAAAGUACUCUGUAUGGGAUAGAAUUCUUGGAUGCUCCGUGCCACAAAUUAGACAAUAUUACUCUUUAAUGCUGUGCUGAUAAGAAACAGCAAAUUACUUUCAAAGGCAUCAGAGCUUCUUUCGGAGAAGAAAUAUAUUGCACAUCAUUACCAGCAAAGCCCAUGUGGUUCCUGUUGCUCUCCUUGUGAAAGUUAAUCAAAUUAUUGAAAACUAGUGACAACAGAAAAAAAGCUGACGAGAUUCAAGAUUUAAAAAAAUAAAUCAAAUUUUUAAUAUCAAAAGGAGUUGAUAGUAUAGCCUACUGAAAUGCUAAUGAACAUAACGUUAUAAUUCAAAAGUCUGACAUUAUCCAAUUAAAAAUAUUUUCAAAACAAAUUCAUAAACAUUACAAUUAUUAAAUCCAGCUUUGAUCCACAAAGCUUUCUUUAAAAUAUCAUUUGUAUUCAGCAGAUUGAACGUUUUAAACAGAAUUGGGAAUGUUAAUAACCUCCCGGUACAGUGCAUCCUUUUUGAAGAUUUUUUUACAUUUAGUUUGGUUCCAGCAUCUCUAUUACAUUUAAUACCAAUUAUUAGAGCUUUGACACUGUGUGAUCCAGAAUAAAAGCUAUUGAUCACUUCUACUGUAAACAACAACCUAAUUAAGUUCUGAUUACAAAAGAAAUUGUUAGUUAUCUGAUUCUAUGAGAGUUACCUUUGGAAAUACAAUUAUGUAUGGAGUAAAGGAAGGAAUGGUGUUUUACACAGCUAGCCAUGUGUCCACAAACAAAACAGAGCACUCAAGCUUGCUUUUCCCUCUCCCCCCCAGUGUAAAUUAAAAGCAUACUGAAUUCUUAAUUACAAAAAAUAAAUUACUUAUUAAAAAGGCAAGAGGGAAAAAAGCCUCAAGAGUCUGACACCUAAUGAGGUUUUUACAGGCAUCACUAUGCACAUACUGGAGGAUUUUUAGAAGUUGGAUGUGGUGUGGAUGAUGUCAAUUUAGCAUGGUGACCUUGUCAAUGCAGUCAUUUGCUGCAGUACUGAAGUAUGAAAAUGGUUUCAUUUUUUUCCCCUUCCAGUCACUAAAAUGCCAUGUGUUGUGUGCUCAGUGAACAAGCUUAGGUUGGGCUUUAUGCAUUCCCUUAAUAUCAGUAUAACAAUAAUACAGGAACUGACCAAAUACAGGAUGUACAUACAGGGGAUCUGUGUUUAAAUUUUAAAUUUAAUCUGCUCAGUUGUGUGUAAAUUAAAUCAUGGGCUGUCGUAAAUAUAUACAAAUCAUCUUUUUCAUUUAACAUCAUGGAACAGACAUGGUCAUUACUAUUACUACGAGUGUCUAUACUCUGCCAUGAUAACUAACUGGAUUAUUGUCUUUAUGUUUCUUCUUAAAAGUAGUAUGCAUAAAGGUAUAAUUAUGUCCCUCUAAGACCCAACCUUUUGAAUAUGAGGCUGUUGACAGUUUGAGCAAUGUUGCAGUUGGAAUCAGUAGACUGUCAGUAUAUGAAAGUGUAUACGUGAAAUUCUACAUCCUUGCUAAGCCUGUGCCAUGAGGCUGGAGAUGUAGAAAACAAGGAAUCACCUUGAAAUCUCAAUUCAGUUUUAAUUUGUAAUUGUUGGCUUAAUCACAAUGAUAUAUCCAUGAAGGAGAGGUGGUGAGGAACCAGUGAAGAAGAGGAGCAAAACUCAGAACAGCUCCCGGAAAGGUCAUAAAUUUUGUGUAUGUCAAGUGACAGGAGUAUCUCAUACUUAGAUUGAAACAGAAGAGCUGGGUUCUCUAGGAAGAGCAGCUCCUUCAGAGCGAGCAGCAAAAAUGGAAGAAUGAGCAGUUAUUUGUACAGCAAUUACAACUUUCUUUUAUUAAAUGCAGUUGUUUUGCCUUCAACAGCAAGGUGGAUCUACCUCACUGAAAAAUGUAUGUUCACUGAGAGGAUUCCUGCAUUAAAACUAUUCUGGGCUAAAGAGGCCCCCAAGGUUGUUUUAUACCCACAAGGCUUGUCAAAUUCUACGUGAUGUCACUGACAUCAAAUAGAAAUAUAUUUGCUUCUGAUGAUCUUAGCAGAUAAAUUAAUCCAGUGACUUGUUAAAUAUUUCUUGUCUUUAAAUAUUUGCUUUUUCUUUCCAGCUUGGUUCUUUCUAUGACAUUUCAAUUACUGGCUAUUUCAGGUUCUCCUUUAACUUUGGAAGGUCAUUUUCUCCACAGUCUACAGUAAUCCACUUACAGAUUUGCCUCAGUGUUUGUUUGUUGUUUGUUGGGUUUUUUUUAAUUACAGCCUUCAUUUCUGAGGAAAAAAAAUGUAAUCAAGAAUAUGUCUCUACUGAACAACCAACACCUUUACCAGGGGAGGAAAUUGCAAGUUCCUAUUUGAUCUGUUUAGCUCUGGCUUUACUAGAACAAGCUAAAACAUGAUGUUGCUAUUCCCUAGGUGGAAUUUAAAAUGUAGUUUGGUACUGAAUAAGGAUUUAAAAGUUUUAAACUCUUAAAUAAGUUUUAAACUUAUUUAGAAAUGUUUAAAUACUGCUAAUGUAUUUUCCAGUUGGAUUUUCAGUCAAAUCAUUAAGUAGUAUUUUUUUUCAAGAGCUAGAAGUUUCAUUGGGCAGUUUUGAUGGGUCUAUUUUUAAGGUAAAAUCAAGGACAGUGGUGAAUUCCUCUUUUUAACUCAGUAUUAUCUUGAUGUUUAUACACCCUUGUUCAUGUUCUUUUCUUCUGUUUGCCUUCAGGAGAUGGUUAUGCUUAAUAGAUACAUGUGAGAUAUGGUCAUCUCAAUAAUCAGAAGCCAAUUCCUGCAACUCCUACUUACAUGCUCCAUCUCUUUAAUCAUUCAUAAAGGGCAGAGCAACAAAUUCAAGCUGUAGUCUAAAGAUUAUCAAAAGUUUAAAAGAGCACAGAGUCAACCAACUUCUCAGUAGCAUUUCUUAUCAAUAUAGAUUGUGGUGUUUUAAGUUGGUACCACCUAGACUAGGCACUAAAGUUCUUUGUGUCAAGCAGUUUUCCAGCAUCGGUACCAAAGACACAAAGUUCCUCAUUACUUGUUCUGUUGGACAUUGACAGUAGGGGAUGAUGUUCAAAGUUCUGCUGUUUUAAGUGCAAAAUGUUGUAUCUUUUAUUGCUUUAUUCUUGUCUGAAGAAUUAACUCUUCUGAGUUAAUUUGCUCAAUCUGCUUGGAAGCACGAAAGAACUGAAAAUUGUUGACUGAUGCCACCGAGUUCUUGGUAUCAGUAUCACUAACAUCAGUGCAUCUCAGGUCAGUUGUAUCGGUCCACAUAUCCUGGAGAUGUGAAAAUUACUGUUUAGGGAACCACCAUUUAUUAUAGCAGGAGAUACUGCAGAAAGCACACUGCUGAGAAGUAGGAAUGUGUGUCUUGAUAGGGAGAAGACAUAGAAAUCAUAUUUAUAUUUUCUUUGACUUCAUGAAUUGGCCCAUGGAAACUGCUCCUGUUCUCUCAGGAGCCUGCUAACCCAACUGUGCCUGAUGGGAGCACAGCAUCUCCUUCCCACAUCCCCAAACCUGAUUAUUAAUAAUUACAUCCUCUGCAGGCUUUGGGGUGGGAUGAAGAAUUUAACCCUUAAGUGGAAGUUAAUUCAGGAAGAGUGCUGCUAAAGGUUGUUAAGGGUGGAAUAGAGCCUCACAGCAGAUUGCAUCUGGCAGUCAGGAGUGUGCAGCCUGGACUGAGCCGAGUCACACGCUGCUCGUCAUGUGGAGAUGAGGUGGAGAUAAAAACUGAAAGCAAAAAGAUGGCUUUGAAUUGUGCAUUACUUCCUCUCUGGGAGGGUCACAGAAGCGAGGCAUAAACCCAACCUUUGCCCCUUCCCAGUAUUCUUCAUUGUUUUUAGGUAAGAAAAAGUAAAAGCAGGUAGUGGAAGAAAUUGCUUCAAAGCACUGCAACACGUGGGAAGCUCAACUGGUGGCAAUUAUUAAUCUCCAUUAAUCUCCCAAAUUAUUGCUAUUGACUCUUCUUAACAGGGUUUCUGUGAUGUUUUGUGUAGCAUUACUUAGUGUUGAAAUGAUUAGCUGUGAUUAUUGCCACUCAUGCUGGGAUGGUGUAUGUCCCUUUCAUCUGAGGUUAUGUCUAAACUUGUACUUUUUCUGUAAAGUGCGAGUUGACAAGAGCUGCAGCAAAGAGGAAGUAGCAGGGGAAGGCUCAGGUAAAAGUAAUCCUUGUAACAUCACAGUGAUAAAGGGAUAAAUUGAAAGUGGGAAGAAAGAACGAAGAUAAAUGUAACAGGUAGCAUUGGGACCCAGGAAGACUGGCAUUCACUGUGAACUGAGGAUAUUCAAUGUUAGUACUUUCCUGCUUCUUUUUUUUUUUCCCUUUUUUUUUUUUUUCCUUCUCUUUUUCCAAAACUCUCUGUCUAGAACAUGCUUCCAUUUUCUGGAGGAAAUUCUUACAGAAAUAGUUACCUUCUUGUGUAAAUUCUAUGUUGUCUUAGGAUUUCUGUACGUCUCACUGCAGGUUAUUAUGUGUCAGGUCUUCAGUCAUAAUGGCUGGUAAUUUGUUGUAAAAAAAUAAAAACCACUGUUCUCUUGUUCCUGUUGACUUACUUAGACAUUGCUCUGAGGACAUUGCUCUUUGGACCGUCCACACUUUGGAAGUCAAUUCAUAAUGUUUGGUGUUUUCUGUUAGCAUAAUCCUCCUGCUUUAGUAUUGUAUAUAUCCAGAAAACAAUCCCUCUCAAUAAACAUUAUUCUCUUUUUUUAUUAAAAAGCAUGUUUUUGUGAGAAAAAUUUCCUGGUUGGUUGUUCUAAUUUAUAAAAAAAAAAAAAAAGGGGGGAAAAAAAAAGGAAGCUUGACUGGCCAAAAAAAAAAAGGAAAAACUUAUUAAAGGUUGAUCUCAUUGUUCCCUGAUGUUUUACAGUCCAG